AAAGAGUUUCGGAGAGCGAUCGGUAAAAAGUCGGCAUCCAUUCGUUUAUCCGGUUUAUCUAUCGUUCCAGUCCUCUGCGCAUCUUUGUGUGAAACGCCUGAUAAAAACUGCGUUGAGCUGAAUUUUGUCUCGUGUAUUCAUAUGUUUGAUGUUUAUUAUUUUGUAAACUUACCAUGAAAAAGUCACUUAUUGCACUACGAUUAGCUCUAUAUGGUUGCAAGAAUAGACCGUUUUUCUGUAUAGUGGCUACACACAGAAGAAAAGCGAGAAAUCGUGGCUAUUUUGAGCAGAUUGGAACCUUUGACCCGAUGCCAAAUGAUAGAAAUGAGAAACUAGUCAGUUUGAAUGUUGAUAGAAUAAAGUAUUGGUUAUCAGUUGGAGCAGAGCCUUCAAGACCAGUCGGCAUGCUUCUUGGUUUGGCUGGUAUCCUUCCUGUACAACCACACAGUAUUGAAAUCGCCAGAAGAAACAGAGAGGCCAAGACCGAACAAGAAACUAGUGUGACUGAAGAAGAAAAGGUUGAAGAACAAGAAUAAUAYAAUUUGCAAUUCCAUUAAAACAUCACACAUGAACUAUCAGAUAGAGAAGGAGUAUGGUUAAGGAGAAUAUAUUUUUUAUUCUAUCAUGGUUGGGGAAAGUCUAUUAUAGUUGAGCUAGCAAUCAGACAUUCUUUUUACCUUAGUCAAAAAACCAAUGAAUGUGAAUGAGUCAGUGCAAAAAAAUUGGCCCAUUUGCCUCACUGUAAUAGUUUCCUUUGCCAUACUGAAUAAACUAUGUUAAUAGCAACGGCACUAA